GCUGCGCUCGGGCGCGCGGGCCUUAUAGUCACCCGGAAGGCGCGCGGGGUACCCGCUGGCGAACGCAGCAGGCCCUCGAGGGAACCUCGGCCCUGAGAGCCCUCUGCGCCUCUCUUCUCUCCGCAGACCCGCGCGGCGUCAGCCCGCCCGUACUCGCUGAGUCUGCCCCCGCGGCCGCUGCCGUGCGGCCUGCGUCGCCUCCCGUAGUUCCCCGACAGGCUAUGGCCGCCCGCCUCCUGCGAGUCGCCUCCGCCGCCCUCGGCGACACGGCCGGCCGGUGGCGGCUUCUCGCGCGACCGCGCGCGGGAGCCGGCGGCCUCCGCGGGAGCCGAGGGCCGGGCCUGGGCGGCGGCGCGGCGCCGACGCGGACGCUGAGCGUAUCGGGGCGAGCGCAGAGCAGCUCAGAAGAUAAAGUAACAGUCAACUUUAUAAACCGUGAUGGUGAAACAUUAACAACCAAAGGAAAAGUUGGUGACUCUCUGCUAGAUGUUGUGGUUGAAAAUAAUCUAGAUAUUGAUGGUUUUGGUGCAUGUGAGGGAACCCUGGCUUGUUCUACCUGUCACCUCAUCUUUGAACAGCACAUAUAUGAGAAACUGGAAGCAAUCACUGAUGAGGAGAAUGACAUGCUUGAUCUGGCAUAUGGACUAACAGAUAGAUCUCGGUUGGGCUGCCAGAUUUGUUUGACAAAGGCUAUGGACAAUAUGACUGUUCGAGUACCUGAUGCCGUGUCUGAUGCCAGAGAGUCCAUUGAUAUGGGCAUGAACUCCUCAAAGAUAGAAUAAAUAGGAAUAUUUUCACAACAUUUUACCCUAUUUUUAUAAUUAUUAUUUCUUAAUGUAAUUAAAUGAGAACAUGGAUGAAUUUAUUAUUAUGACUAGAUUUACUACUUAAUUCAUCUGAUAUAACUGCUGAAUUUUAUAGUUCUGGAUGUAUGCCAUUUUUAUUUUGAUUAAAUUAUAAAAACAAAUACUAGAAAGUAGUUAAUAUGAUAAAACCUUAUAUAUUUUACCUGUGAUUGAUCAGCAACAUAAAUCUUAUGCCUACUUACCUAUAAGUAAGUAGGUUAAAAAAGGGUAUCAUUCUCUCUCUUGGAUGUGGGUGGAGGCAGAGAUGUAAGGUGGCUUGUCUAGGGUCCUACUGCAAAUUAGAAGGUCAGUACCAGAACUGUACAUGUUUAAAUCAAAACUGGGGACAUUAGGGAUAUCUUAUUUAAAGUCUGAGCACAGAUAAUAAAGCACUGUCAAAGAUGUUUGGUCUCAAUUCUGACUGAGGUAGAGGAGUAAACUAAAAAUUAGAUGUGUGUGUGUAUGUGUUUUUUAAUCCUGAUUAGAAUGGUCUGUCUUUGUAAUCUCUAAAAAGUAAUGCUUAUUUAUAAAUCUCUCCCUGUGACAAAAUAGAUAUCUUAUGGAUUAGAUUUUCUCUGUCCUAAGAAGGGAAUGAGGCCAGGACAGAGCCAAGUGGCGUGCAGUGAGCACGCAGGCAAGGUCCUGAGGGACGGGGGGCUUGAGCCCCUCAGAUCGCCAUCCAUGUGUGGCAGACAUUUGUAUUUUAUCUUUACUCUGAAUAAACUGAUAAAUGACAAUAAAGGGGUAUGAAGUAUGCUCUUGGAAGUAUAAUGAAACAGUAACUAUUUUGGACUAAUGGGGAAGGGCAGAAAAAAAUUAGUGCAAAGUGAAUUGUAAAGUUGAGUUAGCUUCAAGUACAUCUGUGCACUUUGAGCAUUGGAAGCCAGGUGCUAGAAUCAUCUGAAGGGUUAUGAUUCCCUUAUGUGACUGGCAAGUUGAUGCUGGUGUCCGCUGGGGAUCUAGCAGGGGCCUUUGACUGAAACCCUCAUGUAUGUACGGUCCCUUCAUGUGAGCCGGAUGUCCUUACAAUGGGUUAGGUGGUUUCUGAGAGCCAGUGCCCUAAGAGGGCAUAUAAGCUUUGCUAGGCAGAAGCUGAAAGUCAUGGAGUAUUGCUUGUGCUUGUUUGUUUGAUUAGAAGUGAGACACCGAGUCUGACCCAUCAUUUGCAUUGUGGGAUGUCAGAGAAUUUUCAGACAACAUUUUUAAGCCAU